AUGUGGAUUCUGUCUUUCUGGCUUUUUCCAGUCAUAUCAGGCUGCAUGUGGAUUGCCACGCUUGUGGGUAUGCUUGCAAGCUGGACGACAGAUGGGGAUCCCAUAUAUUCCACCAUGGGCCCUGGGCUAACUAUUCCGUUCAUCUCCCACAUUGGGGCCGAAGGACUCAAGCCUCUUUUUAUCGCAGGUUGCGCAGUCACUGGUGUUUUCCUGGACUUGGCCUUGCUUUCAGAGCGCUGGCUCCGACAUUCAGGACAGCUCGCAAGAAACAGAGGAGUGUUUGAUAAAACCUGUGCUGUUGGGUCUAUCGUGUUCUCCGUCGCAGGAGCUUUAGGCCUUGUGCUCUUGGCCGUUUUUGACGUUAAGCACCAUAACCAUCUACACUACGGAUUUCUCAUUAUGUUUAUAUCCAGUUAUGUGGUCAGCGCCAUCCUGGUGUGCCUUGAGUACAUUCUUAUCGGCCGUUUUUAUCGACCACAGCUACGAAUAUUACUCGUCAGCUUCUAUAUUAAGGCUUCAUUCAUUCUCCUUGAAAUUGGUGUUGCAAUUGGAUUUGGCAUCUGCAUGAAUGCCAAAACUUCUUCAAGGAAGAACGCAGCCGCUAUUCUGGAAUGGGUCGCUGCUCUGAUUUUUGCGUUCUUCGUUUUCUCUUUGGUGAUUGACUUACUUCCAUCUGUUCGUACUCGAAAACGAAUACCCCAGGGAGAGAAGUAUCCUUUCCCGAGUCUUGCGGCAGAUUAA